CGUUGAAGCAUUUUUGUCCUUCACUGUGGGAUUUUCUGACUCAGAAGCAGGAAAGUUACACACACAGGCUGGUAAUGGCGGGACUGCAAGACUAGAGACCAAAAAAGAGAAAAGAAAAAACAUCCUGGACAGUCCUGGUUCUUUGUAUUAUGGCAGAUGCCAAGCAGAAACUUUUAUUCGGGACUGAAAAGGUGUUUGGAGACAGAACAGAUGGUAAAUCUCUGAGUUUUGAGCAAAAUGGAAGAGCAGGACGUCCUGGGAAGCAGGUAAACAGCGUAACAGAGCGGCUUCAGGCUCGCAGGAAGUCUCUUAAUGACUCGCUGGAAGGAGACGUCAGAGCCUUUCUGGUAAAUGAGGCUGACCUCCACACCUACGAUGACCUGACCAAAGUCAACCCUGUAACCCCAACCACAGUGCUAAAAUGCCUGCAGGCACGUUACAGUGCCAGAGUGUUUUACACUCAUGCCGGCUGCACUCUGGUGGCUCUGAACCCCUUCCAGCCCAUUCCUCACCUGUACUCACUGGACGUGAUGCACGAGUACCACUCAGCUUCCCAACCUCAGGAUUUUAAGCCUCACAUCUACAUUGUAGCAGAAGAGGCAUACAGGAAUGUUCAGGGCCAAGUUGAACCUGUCGACCAGUCACUUGUGGUCUCAGGAGAGAGUGGAGCUGGGAAGACAUGGACUUCCCGUUGCCUCAUGAAGUACUAUGCCACAGUGGCUGCCUCAUCCCAGAAAUGCCAGCACACAGUGGAGAGGAUUGAGAGAAGAGUGCUGGAUUCAAACCCCAUCAUGGAAGCAUUUGGCAACGCUUGCACUUUACGCAACAACAACAGCAGCCGCUUCGGAAAGUACAUCCAGCUCCAGAUGAACAGUUCUCAGUUGCUGGUAGGGGCUUCUGUGCAAACGUACCUCUUGGAGAAGACACGGGUGGCUUUUCAAGCUCCUAACGAGAGGAACUUCCACAUUUUUUAUCAGAUGGUGAAGGGAGCCACAGCGGAACAGAGACAGGAAUGGCAGAUGCCAUGUAACCAAAAGUUUGCCUGGUUGCCAAAUGCAGAGAAAACUUUAGAAGAGGAUUGCUUUCAGGAGACGGUCGAUGCCAUGGUCAGCCUCGGAAUCGAUGCGGACAAGCGUGCACAGAUUUUCAGGAUCCUGGCAGGACUUCUGCAGCUGGGGAAUGUGAAUUUCGGUCCUGCUCCUGAGUCUGAGCCCUGUGGCCUCGACCAACAGUCCAAAGAUUUUUUAGAGAUGACAGCGGCUCUGUUGCGUGUGCCGGCAGAUGAGCUGCAGGAGUGUAUGAGUGUACGGCUGUUGCGCGCAGGAAAGCAGAGCGCUUUGCUCAAACCCUGUUCCCAGAGCGAGUGUGUUGUGCGUAGGGACUGUCUCGCUAAAGUCAUCUACGCACGACUUUUUGAUUGGUUGGUUGGCUUCAUCAACACCAGCAUGUGUGCAGACAACUCCAAGUGGUGCAACUUCAUCGGCCUUUUGGAUGUGUAUGGCUUCGAGUGUUUCCUCCUGAACAACCUGGAGCAACUGUGCAUUAACUACGCCAAUGAGAAGCUGCAGCAGCAUUUUGUAGCUCACUAUCUGAAGGCCAAGCAGGAGGAAUACGUAUCCGAAGGACUGCAGUGGUCCUUCAUUCGCUACCAGGACAACCAGAGAUGCCUGGAUCUGAUAGAGGGAAAUCCUACUGGAAUAUUCUCCUUGCUUAAUGAGGAAUGCCGCCUGAACAGAGCCUCUGACGCAAAGCAGUUCCGUGAGCGUUUACAGAAGGAGCUUUCUGACAAAGCCAGUAUGAGCUGGGACAAGUUUAGCAAGCAACCGCACUUCAUUGUAGCUCAUUAUGCUGGCAAAGUUAGCUACCAGAUUGAGGGCAUGAUGGAGAAGAAUAAGGAUCCAGUUCCCCCUGAACUCCUCAGCUUGCUGCAAAAGUCAGAAGACCCUCUGCUGCAAAGUCUCUUUGCAGACUCAAACACUGAAGAAAACCCUCGGGGUCACAGCAAAGUCGUCACUGUUGUCUCUAAAUUCAAGAACUCCUUGGAGAAUUUAAUGAAGAUUCUGCACCGCACCACUCCUCAUUACACACGCUGUAUUAAACCCAACCCCGACUGCAAGCCGCUCACCUUCAAGAAGGAAGAGGUGAUCAUGCAGCUAGAGGCGUGUGGAAUAGUGGAGACCAUUAACAUCAGUGCUGCAGGUUUCCCUAUCAGGGUCCCCUAUGGCAACUUUAUCCAUCGUUACGGGUUGAUCACCAAAUCUAGGCUCCUGACUCAAGGUGAAAAUGGAGAAGAGAACAGGGAUCAUAUCACGCUCGGUCCCGCUGUCCGGGACGUCCUGAAUGCAGUCCUGAGGACCAAUUCUUUUGACCCUGACCCCACACCUAACAACAAUAACGUGAUGGUGCAUUGUGGGAAGACUAAAGUGUUUUUGACCCACGUAAUGUUGGAGCUAUUGGAGGAGCGGAGGCAUAGAGUGCGCUCUCAGAAGGCCUUCUCAAUCCAGUGCUGCUGGCGCAGACACCAGUGCCGUCAGCGAGCCAUCAGGAUGAAGAGUGUCACUAUUAUACAAGCAGUGCUGCGGGCUUGGCUGGUCAGGAGAGAGGUGAAGAGAUGGCACAAAGCUGCCACAAUCAUCCAGAGGAAAUGGAGGACGUGGAGGACUUUGAUGGAUUUCCUUGCCGAGGCGGAGUUGGACGAAGCUGAGGACCUGCAGGAGGAAGAAAAGGCAUGUUCAUGGCUGAUGCAAAAAGCUUCUGUACAGCUCUCCAGCUUCCCCAAUCCAGUAGCAGUCAGCAGCUGGCCUCUGGGCCUGGCUAUGACCUUCAUCCCCAGCAUCACCGUGACUCUCACCACCACAGGAUUCCACAAGGUCAUGUCCAUCAUGGCUACGCUGAAGAUCCCCUUCAGGAAUGGAGAGUACAAAGUGGAGCCCAACCAGUUCAAGCAGGGUGUGGCUUCUAUACGAGCACAGCCACAGGGCUCUGUAAAGCUCCACAUGCAGAGAUCUCCUCUCCGCUACGCCGAAAUGUACCCAGGACCCCUCGGUGACGAAGUGACCGGGUUUAAUCAGAUUCUGCUGGAGAAAACUUAAGCAUAUGUGUAGCUGCUCCUCCAUAUCAAUUCACUGUAAUCAACCAAAACAAGCGCUAUCCAAACCAAUGCACUUUCCAAAUGCAUAAGCGGGACUGAAUGCCAGUGAAACUCAUCGCUGCCACAUGUAAUGUAAUUCAGGGUUUUUUUUGUUUGUCUGUUAUUGUGUAUGUGCCUUUUGUUCAUUACAGUCUACAUACUACUGUAGGCUAUUUUAUACGUAUUCAUUCCCAGAUUAUGCUUCCUGCAUGAGGUAUUCGGUUUUAUAAUCAAAGGCUGAUUAUUUGGUUUUGAAAACAUCAAAUAUUUAUUUGAUUAGAGAUUAUUUUUUACAUGUAUUAAAAUUGAAAGAUUGAGAAAAAUGGGUAAGGGAAACUUGAACUUUAGACAUGUUUGCACUUGAGAGUUAAGUCUAUUUCUAAAUAGGGAAGAAAACAUUAGAUUCAUAGUAUAGCAAAAAAAAACCUAAACGUCUUGACUGAUCAAAUAUUCUAUUCAUCAAUUUAUAACAUGAUCAAACCACAGAUUUUCUUUAUGAUUUAAAUAUUCAAUAUAACUAGAACUUUGCAUCAACUGGAUCUGGUUUCUGGAUUUAAAACUCAAAGGAAACCGGAACAUGCAAUCAACUGGAACUGGUUUCUGGAUUGUUUAGUACUGUGUACUUCAGAUACAUUUCUGCUUUAUUUUAAGGCUCAUUGCACAGACAAAUACAAACACUACUUUUAUAGGGAGGAUGAGGAGCAUUUAUGACUUAACCAGGACGUGAUUCUGACGUGUUCUUUUUCCACACUAUAUGUGAUCCCCCACCCCAGCUUCAUGUCAAUAUUAUAUGUAUAAUGUUCAUGUACUGUAUUGGAAAUCUGAAACAAUUUCAGUACUAGAUAUUGUAAUAUUGACAUUAUGCUUUGAAAAAUGUUUUAUCAAAAAACUAAUAAAUUUCAUAUGGCA